AGCGCGGGUCCUUUCAGCUCUUUUCGUGCGAUACUUUUCGAUUUAAUAUAUACAUUCUCUUAAAUUUUUUUUUUAAAACUGUAAUUGCUCUUAUAAUCGCGCCACAUUAAUUCCAUAUACUUUACUCAUCAAAUUUAUCUCGUUUAUAAAAAAUGAUUUCUUUAUCAAAUUCAAUUCGUUUUAGUUUUAUUACUUUAAUUUCGUCGUUACUUCUUACGGUACCAUUAAGUCAUGCGUAUAGUUCGCCGGACGAAAAUUCUCUUGGUUCUAAGUCCGAUUUUUAUGUCGUGACGAUUAUUCCUUUAACCUUGAACGCAUUGAAUUUGCUUGGAAGUCUUUAUAUAUUUUACCGUAAGUAAUUUGUUUAAUUUGAAUUUGAUCUUAAUUAUUAUUUGCGGUAAAAAUUGACAACCAGAAAAAUAAACUUAAAGGCACGUAUUUACGAUGGAAAUUUGAUUAUGAUAAAAUUACUUUAUUAUCGGUUAGAUUUCCAUUUUACAUAGCAAUUACGGGUAAAUAUUAAAUAAUUUAUUUGUGUAAUAUAUGAUAUACGUGUAAAUAUAUAAUAUUUAACUUUUAUCUUUAUGAUAUUUAGA